CAAUAGAAUGGGCCAAUGGGUGUGUUCACUAAGCUUCUCUUUGAAGUGAAGCGAGUGGAGAGAGAAAGAGAAGGAGCUGAUAUAUAAAGUACUGUUGGUUUAUAAAGGAGCCUGUGCACACAGGAGGUCAAUACAUUAUGUCUUCAACCAGUCCUCCUCCUUCAUCUGAAGGAGGUAUGGUCUCCUCUGAAGCCACACCUCCUAACGGUACUAUUCUUAUAGCAUCAGAUGUUACCAAGAGGGAGACAGGUUCUGAUUCAACUCCUGAUAUCAUUCACAAAUCAGCUCUCCCGGUACUGUUGAUCGGAGAGAGAGAGAAAGAGGCUGAAGAAGAAGUCAAAUCAAAGGUGGUGAAAGGUCACACUAGAGGUAGUUCAGUGUCCUCAACUCCUGGAAGCCAUCUUGGAACAUGUGAGACUAAUACUACUGGUACUACCACCAACUCAAGCUCUUCUUCUUUAUCAAAUUCUUUUUAUUCUCAUGAUGGGAUUGUUGCAGAAACAGUAUCACACCUAAUUAGUUCUGGUGACCGUACCUCAUCAGACCCUGUCCUAAUGUUGGCAGCUGCUGCUUUAAAUGAUAAAUCAGACAAUCCAGAGGACACUGUAACCAAACUGGUACAGGAAGUGGUGUCUUUGAAACUGGAAAUGAUGAAAUUAAAAGAAGAAAACGAUAAAAUGAAACGAACUCGAAGUGACAUGGACGAGGAGCUACACACUUUGACUGAGAAUCUCUUUGAGGAGGCGUACAAGAUGGUUGAUGAGGCCAAAGGUGAGCGGUUUACAGCUGAGAAGAGACUGGCUGAUGCAGCUGGACAGUUGGAGGCUAUGGAGACUCAAGUCUCAACAUUACACAAUUUAUUAAAGACUCCCUCAAAAGUCUCACCAUCACAGAAGCACAAGAGACCCUCCGUUAAGAAGAUUGUGAAGAAACUGUCCCGUGGUAGCAGACACCACUCCUCUUCUAAAGUAAAGGAGCAGCAGCCACUGAUAGAACACAAAGGAAACACUAAGGAAUGGAUACUGAAGGAGGGAGAGUUACCAUCAGGUGAUUUUACUUUUUUUAAGACCUGGUAUGAUAAUGGAUUAUCUACUGUUGGUGGUAGCGGUAAUUAUUAUGACACCAUUUUAAAUAAUAACAUACUCCCUUGCCUUCAGUUCACAAAUAAAGAGUUAUCGGAUAAGGUCCAUGCAGCUAUUAAAGGAGAGAGUAUUGUAUUGGAACCAGUGACUGGUGAGGUGUUGAAGGAGGGGGAGGAGUCAAGCACUCCAGCUGUUAAAAAGUGUGAGUUAAGUGGAGAGGAGUCUGUCCCUUGUACUUUUAAAAUGCGUUUGAGUGAAUCCUCUGGCUGGAUAUGUGUCACAACAACCACCAGAGAGAGGAUUGUUAGUGUCUGUGAUUUUUACACUUUUAUAAGUUACGUACAAAAAGGAAUAAUAAAGAAAGAAGUUACUGAUGUUUACUGGAGGGUUGCUAAACUACGUGCAAUGAUGUGUCUAUCUGUCCUGUCCCUGUCCCUACCUGACACUGUCCAGUGACUAAUGGCCACUUCCUAUUGAUGACUUCUUGUUGCUGUACAGAAAUGAACUUAUUUUUAUUUUUUUAUUAUUAAAAUUAUAUCGAAA